GUUCAAUCUCAAAAUUGUCCCAAAUCAGAACACCAUGAAAGUGUUUUCUGCUAAACGCAUGGUUCUGGUCUCUACUCUAUUAUUGCUUCUCUUUCUCCUUCAUUCUUCUUGUGAUUCACUUGAUAGAAUAACCCCAAGCCAACCCCUUAGAGAUGGCGAUAUUUUGCUCUCCUACCAAGCAACCUUUGCCCUCGGUUUCUUCACCCCCAGCAACAAUUCCAGAAACCGCUAUGUCGGAAUAUGGUUUCAUAGAUUCUCUAAACAAACCCUAGUUUGGGUAGCCAAUAGAGAAAAUCCUGUUAAUGAUACUUCUGGAGUUUUAUCUAUCAGUGCCCAUGGAAACAUGGUUGUUCUUGCUCUUAAUGAUAUAAAUUCUAACCUGAACCCUAUUUGGUCUUCCAGUGUUUCCAUCACAUCUUCCAAUGAAACCUACUUUGCUAAGCUUCUAGACAUAGGAAACUUGGUUUUAGGUAAAAAUGGAGGAAGGCAUGAAAAGGUUUUGUGGCAGAGUUUUGAUUAUCCAACUGACACAAUCCUUCCAUUUAUGAAGCUCGGGUUGGACCGCAGAACCGGGUUCAACUGGUUCCUUAGGUCAUGGAGAUCCCCCCACGACCCAAGAUUUGGGAACAUGAGUCAUAGGAUCAACCCAACAGGAUAUCCUCAAAUAUUCACUUACAAAAACGGAACUCCAUUUUGGCGAUGUGGGUCUUGGACGGGUCAAAGAUGGAGUGGCAUACCUGUCAUGACACCUAAUUUCGUCUUCAACGUUAGCUAUGUUGACAAUGCCAAUGAAGUUUCCAUAAUGAUUGGGAUUCGAGACCCUACGAUCUUCUUAAGAAUGGUCCUCGACAAUGAUGGUCUAAUUAGACGAACAAUCUGGCAAGCUAAAGAGCAUAGAUGGUUUGAAAUUUGGUCGGGUCCGACAGAGGAUUGCGACAACUAUCGAAGAUGCGGGUCAAAUAGCAUAUGUGACCCAUAUACAAGCAACAAACUUGAGUGUGUGUGUUUGCCUGGAUAUGUGAGAAACGGGUCGAGUGGAUGUGUGAGGAAGAAGAAUGUGUCCACGUGUCGAAAUGGGGAGGGGUUUGUGAAGGUUGCACUUGUGAAGGUUCCAGAUACGUCAACGGCACGUGUGGAUAAGAAUAUGAGCUUGUACUUGAAAGGAUGUGAAGGGAAGUGCUUGAAGGAUUGUUCAUGUGUAGCGUAUACGAGUUUAAAUGAGGUAACGCAAAGUGGGUGCUUGACAUGGCAUGCUGAUAUGGAAGAUAUUAGGAGAUUCAAUCAUGUGGGACAAGAACUGUACGUGCGUGUUGAUGCAGCUGAAAUGGCUAAAUAUGAAAAGAAGCCUUAUGGUUCUCUUGGCAAGAGGGGGAUGGUAGCACUUGUGGUUGUUUCUACCUUCCUAUUAAUGUUCAUGUUGAUCUCCUUUGUGUAUUGGUUUGCAAAGAAAAAGGAACAAGAACAAAGAAGGCCUAGCGAACAUUUGCUUGACGGAGAAAAUAAUUCAGAUUUACCGUUAUUUGAUCUAAAUGAUAUAGUUGAAGCAACAAGCAAUUUCUCGGAUGCUAACAAGCUUGGGCAAGGAGGUUUUGGCUCUGUUCAUAAGGGUGUACUCAACGAUGGAACGACAAUAGCAGUGAAGAGGCUGUUAAAGUACUCUGGACAAGGCAUUGAAGAAUUCAAAAAUGAGAUUGCUUUAAUUGCCAAGCUCCAACAUAGAAAUCUUGUAAGGAUCUUAGGAUGCUGCAUCGAAGGAGAAGAGAAGAUGUUGAUCUACGAAUACUUGCCAAACAACAGCUUAGACUCUUUCAUUUUCGAUCAUGCAAAAAAAUUGCAAUUACAUUGGAGGAAACGAUUUGAUAUCAUUUGUGGAAUUGCAAGAGGCAUUUUAUAUCUUCAUCAACAUUCGAGAUUAAGGAUAAUUCAUAGAGAUUUAAAGGCCAGUAAUAUCUUGUUGGACUCUACAUUGAACCCAAAAAUUGCAGAUUUUGGCAUGGCUAGAAUAUUUGGUGGAGACCAAAUUGAAGCAAGCACUAAUUAUGUUGUUGGAACCUAUGGUUACAUGUCACCUGAAUAUGCAAUGGAAGGAUUGUUCUCAAUAAAGUCAGAUGUAUAUAGCUUUGGGGUUUUACUUCUUGAGAUUGUUACUAGCAGAAAGAAUAGUGGCCAUUAUGAUGACAUCCCUUCUACUUUGGUUGGACAUAUUUGGGACCUAUGGAGAGGAAGCAGAGCCAUGGAAAUUGUUGAUCCAGCAUUAACGGAUAAGCCAUGCCUUGAACAUGAAUUUCUAAAAUGCAUCCAGAUUGGACUAUUAUGUGUACAAGAGUACGCAUCAGAUAGACCAGCUAUGUCAGAAGUUGUUUCCAUGUUGGAGAAUGACUCAAAUCUUCUUCCCCCUAAACAACCAGCUUUUGUUUUCAAGAGAACUACUUGUGAUCAUUCAAACCCAUCAGUUGGUGAAGAAGUUCAUUCGGUGAAUGGAAUGAGUACUACAGUGAUUGAAGCUCGCUGAAGCUUGAAACCCACAUCAAAACAUAAAUGGUACUAAUUGAACUCUUUUAGUGCUACUUAUUGUGAAGUGAAUGAUUCUAGCUAGACUUUCCAACUUUUGUAAAAGUUAAUGAUGCAUAUAUAAUUUCCUAUUAUUGGACUCAAAAAGCAAAGUUGGGUGUACAAAUUAAACUUGCUAAAUUAUGAUUAGGCCUGGAUACAUGGCAAU